CACACAUGGCUUCUUCAAGCAAUCAAAAUUUCAUUUUCUUGUUAAUUUUCUUUCUCGCUGUCCACAAAACAUCGUCAUCAUUUGGAAAUUAUUCGUCCACCGAAGGAGUCUUACUAUUCUCACCUAAACAUGUUAUCAUCAUCAACAAAUUGGUCACACUUGCAACGUUGAUUGUGCAUUGUAGGAACAAAGGGGACGAUUUAGGGGUAAUAAGCCUCCAACAUUUAGCUCGUUUUCAUUUCAGGUUUCGCGUCAAUCUUCGUAAAACAACAAAGUACACUUGCAGUUUCGAGUGGCCCGGCAAUACAGCUACGUUUGAUAUUUUUAGAGCUGAUAGAGACGAUAAUCCAAGAAGUAAAUAUGGAGUUUGCAGCGAAUGUAUUUGGAGUAUUUAUGAGCCAGCUCCUUGUCGUGAUAGACGUGAUGGAGGCCAGCCUCAGUGUUUUCCUUGGGCUUCUUAGUCAUUUAAAAUAUUUUUCCCUUCAUUUACUUUAGUAAUAAUAUAAAUAAAAUAAUUUGGUGUUUGAAUU